ACAGACAGAUAGAUAGAUAGAUAGAUAGAUAGAUAAAAGCAUGUCAUGUAUUCAUCUUGCCUUGCUUUUAGUGUUUUAUGUGUUCUCGUAUGUGUUUGUGCUUUAUAAAAAACAGGAACUAUUCCUUUCUUAGGGGAGGUGACACACUCUGAAGCAUGUGAUUUAGUAAUCUGACGCUGCUGUGACACUCAGGGUGUCAACGGUUCAGUCAAUAUGCUUUAAGCACUGACUACAUUGGCCUCACAAAAUGUGAUGAUCUGACUACGACCAAGACACUCCCAGCACAGUUUAUUCAAGACACAAACCUGCAGCACAAAAUGUGGGAUUAUCUGCCCUGAGCUGGUGUGAUUUGGCAACUAGACUCUUUUUUUCUGUGGUCAUAUGAAUCAACUCUAUACUCUAAAUCCUUCCCCCACAGAUGGCUGCCCCCUUUGUUCCAGUCCCUUUACAUGUGGACUUGACUGGAGCUUGCAGGUCCUGGGCCAAGAAGGAGUCUGAGCCCCCACCUCCAGAAAGAAUUUCCUCUAUGAGAGCAGUCAGACCCUGGGCUCAAACCUCAGCUUACUUCUGUAGGAGACCUCGAGGAGACAUGCUGGAUGGACCAUCAACAUUGCUGGGGGGUGAAGGAAGAGUUUGGGACAACUGGGUGGAAAGACCAAUCACCCCAACACUACUGGGCUACGAGAUCCUGGAGGAGAGGGCAAAAUUCACAGUUUAUAAGAUCCAUGUGACGACUGCUGAAGGAGACAGCUGGGUGAUCUUCAGAAGAUACACUGACUUUUGCCGGCUUAAUGACAAGCUUAAAGAGCUGUACCCCAGCUCGACUCUGGCCCUGCCUCCUAAGCGCUGGUUCAAAGACAACUACGAUGAGGAGUUUCUGGAGGAGAGGCUGAGCGGCCUGCAAAGCUUUCUGCAGAGCUUAACAGCACACAAAGAAGUCAUCAGGAGGUGCGUGUCAAUAUGGGGAUAUAAAGAUGGACUCCUACAGAUUUUACUCUCUAUCUUGUUUGAUUUUGAGUUUUUCGUUUGUUUGCUCCUCAGUGAAGAAGUCAGACGCUUCCUGUGUUUGGUUGAUCCGCCAGGUCCUUUCGAUAGUCUGGUGGAGAGUCGGGCUUUUUGUGAGACUCUGGAGGAGACAAACCAUCAUCUGCAGAGGGAACUCUUGGACAAUCAGAGAGAAGUUGACGCUUUGAAGAAGAUCCUGGAGGAGAAGGAAACCCAUAUCAGCCUCCUGGUGAAGAAAGCCAAAUCCCUGACACUUCCCUCUGAGAGCUCGGAGGAUCGAUUCCAGCAGACAGAAAAAAUAACUACGGACACAAACACACUUGAAGACGGAGACACAGAUUUGAAUGGAUCUGAGAAAGUGCACACAAAUGGAAGUGAAGCUGCAGGUGACGACAGAGGAAUGUCUAUAAAUGAAGAUGACAAAGAAUCAAACCAUGAAACAAACUCCUAUAUUUACCCUUUAUGUUACUGGUAGUAAUUUCCCAAUUUUAAUCUAGUUGCUGAUGAUCGUUUUAUUAACACUAAAAGACACUUUGAUAAAUGUCGUGAAACAAGUUUUACUGUGAGCAACUGUCAUUCUCCGGCUGCAACUUUAAAAUAAAAAAGAGACACCAUUUCAGAGUUUGGGCAGAAUACUAACCAUCUUAAAAAAACAAGCACAGCAUUAUUACAAUUAUGAAAUAGGUUUUAGAAAUGUGGACCUCUGACUACAGUAACUCUUUGUAGAUUGAGCAUGUCUGUAUCUUCCUUUUAUUUCAUUUUCACUGUGUUUGUGUGUUUAUAUACUCUUCCACAUGUGAUGCUCAUUUACUAAAGGUUUCUGUUACAUUACACUCAGAGGUGUAGGCCAACCAUACAUACCUCAAUAAAUACUGCUUUGUA